CCUGCCCUACAACUCCACCUUCAUGCCCAACGUGCUGAACCACUACGACCAGCAGACGGCCGCACUCGCCAUGGAGCCCUUCCACCCCAUGGUGAACCUGCAGUGCUCCCAGGAGCUGCGGAUGUUCCUGUGUGCGCUGUACGCGCCGGUGUGCACCGAGUACGGCCGCGUCACCCUGCCCUGCCGCCGCCUCUGCCUGCAGGCGCGCAGCGACUGCUACCGCCUCAUGGACAUGUUCGGGGUCAGCUGGCCCCACGAGAUGGACUGCGACAGGUUCCCCGACUGCGACGAGGCCUACCCCCGCGCGGCCGACCUCCUGUCCAGCGCCGCCGACGCCCCCAGCGCCGAGUCGCCGGGCGCCGUGCAGCGCGACUACGGCUUCUGGUGCCCGCGCGAGCUCAAGAUGGACCCCGACCUGGGCUACUCCUUCAUGGGCGUGCGCGACUGCUCGCCGCCCUGCCCCAACAUGUACUUCGGGCGCGAGGAGCUGGCGCUGGCCCGCUACUUCAUCGGCGUGGUGUCCAUCGUGUGCCUGUCGGCCACGCUCUUCACCUUCCUCACCUUCCUCAUCGACGUGUCGCGCUUCCGCUACCCCGAGCGGCCCAUCAUCUUCUACGCCGUGUGCUACAUGAUGGUGUCGCUGGCCUUCUUCCUGGGCUUCCUGCUGGACGACCGCGUGGCCUGUAACGCCGCCGCCCCCGGGCGCUUCAGGGCCGCCACCGUCACCCAGGGCUCCCACAACAAGGCGUGCACCCUGCUCUUCAUGGUGCUCUACUUCUUCACCAUGGCGGGCAGCGUGUGGUGGGUCAUCCUGACCGUCACCUGGUUCCUGGCCGCCGUGCCCAAGUGGGGCAGCGAGGCCAUCGAGAAGAAGGCCCUGCUGUUCCACGCCUGCGCCUGGGGGCUCCCGGGGGCCCUCACCGUCACCCUGCUGGCCAUGAACAAGAUCGAGGGCGACGGCGUCAGCGGCGUGUGCUUCGUGGGGCUCUACGACCUCACGGCGCUGCGCUGGUUCCUGCUGGCGCCGCUGGGCCUGGACGUGGUGGUGGGCGUGGCCCUGCUGCUGGCGGGCAUCCUGGCGCUGAACCGCGUGCGCAUGGAGAUCCCCCUGGAGAAGGAGAACCAGGAGAAGCUGGUGAAGUUCAUGAUCCGCAUCGGGGUGUUCUCGGUGCUGUACCUGGUGCCCCUGCUCACCGUGCUGGCCUGCCUGCUGUACGAGAGCAGCCACCGCCAGGCCUGGGACACCACCUGGGUGCAGGAGCGCUGCAAGGAGUACCACAUCCCCUGCCCCUACCAGGUGGAGCAGAGCAGCCGUCCUGACCUGGUCCUCUUCCUCGUCAAGUACCUGAUGAUGCUGAUCGUGGGCAUCCCCUCCGUCUUCUGGGUGGGCAGCAAGAAGACCUGCUUCGAGUGGGCCGGCUUCUUCCACGGCAAGAGACGCAAGGACAGGAUGGUGCACAAGAGCCACCAAGCCCUGGGGUGCCCCGAGCCCGACUUCGCCCAGCUGCUGCUGAGGGAGCCCAGUGGGCCCGUGGUGAGGAAGUCCUGUGGCACCUCCACCCAGGGCACCUCCACCCACGCCUCCUCCACCCACCUGGCCAUGCUGGACCAGCCGGCCAGCGGCAGCACCAGCCGGGCCGGCUCCAUGCGCAGCGGGCCGUCCAAGAGCAGCGGCAGCAGCUACCACGGCAGCCUGCACCGCAACCGGGACGACAGGUUCGCCGCCUCCAGCUUCCGAGCCGUGGAGGAGUUCCCGCCCUACGGAAGCCUGCCUCGGCUCAAGGACCAAUCGCAGUCGAGACUAUGCAGCAACAACCGCCUGGACAGCCCAUCACGGCACGGCUCCACCCAGCGGCUGGAGAGCCAAUCGCGGCACAGCAGCGUAAGAGACCUCAGCGUCGCUCCGCAGGCGGUCCACAGCGUUCCCGGACACGGGAUCCACAUGGUGCUGGAGGAAGACAGUCCCAGAGCCUGAGAGACCAAAGCUUGGACACUUUUAUCCGACAUGAAAGGUGGCCAUCUUUUUUUCCUGCUUUAGAAAAAGAAAGGUGGAACUUGACCUGAUCACAUGAGUGACACUGGAUUACUUCAGAGCUUUAUGGACACUAGUUAGCCAUUUGCUGUGGUUAACUGUUGGCUAAUGCUAGCCGAAAUGCUCCAUUCAGACUCAAAGGGAGCUGUUUGUUUAUAGUGCUGUCAAGUCACGUUGAGUGGAAUCUGGAUGGCAUCGUCGGUGCUGCUAGAUUCUGCGUACAAAUGACAGGUGGGCGGAGCUACGGCCAGCCAAUCAACGUUCUAUAUUUAAGAUGCCUCAAAAAGGCUCAGGUACAGCCAAUCACAAGCACUGUAUCGAUUCCCUCCAAACACCGCGAGCAUCAAGAUCGUCAUGGUGACCUCCAGAGGAACUAUAUAAUCGUUAUGUCAUGUUAUGUCUGAAACCUGCUGAGGAUGUGGAUGUGAAAUACAUUCAACCGACGAUAGUUAAAGAGAAUGAACGUCCGGAACUACACUAUGGAGGACUAUACUAUACUAGGAAGACUUUUACUGCUCCGUUUCCUUUUUCUGUAGUAAAAUCAAGGACUUGAUAUAGUAGACUAUACAUGCUACUGCUGAAAUAUUUGUGGACAUCAAGGACUUGAUAUAGUAAACUAUAAAUACAACUACUGAAAUAUUGUGUGAAUCAAGGAUGCUGCUUUCCAGGAUUGUUAGGUCUUUUUAUUUGACUGUGAAUAUGAACACUGAUAAUAUGGAAAUACAGUGGGGUUUUAUAACAUACCCUCUCCUUUGUCUUCUGACUGUGACAUUAUCGGUACACCGUUGAUCACUGGAGCGAAAAACUGCUGAUCUGAAACGUAAGGACGGGUCAUGGCCUUUCUUCAGCUUGUGAAGGUGCCCCCCUGGAAUGGAUUCUGGGAAAUGCCCGAAAAUGUGAACGUAUAUUUGUGAUGAAGUUGAUCACAACCAUGUCAUUGAAACUAUAGCGUAAUAAUACAAAGGUCCCAGACUACCCUAACAUACACUCGGUAAUGUUUCGACCUUUAUGAACUUUCAGGUUAACCUGACGGGUAAAAGGGAAAUGCCAAACAGAGAGAGAAAUUACAUAAACAUUAAAUAUGGGUUUCAGGUAAUAUCUUGUUCAAUCUUUUUUUACGCUAUUUAAAUGUAAUGGCUUUUGAUCACUGCCGUUAAGACGUACAUAAAUGCUUUUUGGAACACCUCUACAAAUACAAUGGUUGUUUGAUUGAGUCAAAAUUAUGUCAUCACAAAACUGUUCGAAUGGAUUGGGCUCGUCCGCCAUUUUGGAUCCAAGGACUGAACUAUGUGAUGAUGAAUGCCAACCUGCUGCCUUACAGCUCGAAUAUGAUAAACAAUAGUAUAAUUCAACUAGUGUAGAAUUUGCCAAUAGUUUUGUUCGGGUCACAAGAGUUUUGUUUCUUGGAUUACAGUUUGCCUAAACAGGUCUUGUGGGCUAUGUAUAGAUAAAAAUGAAACCUUUGUGGAAGCUGUAAUAAAGAUUUUUUU